AUGCCGGCGCCCGGCCGGGGCCCCCGUGGGCCGCCGCUGACCAUGCCCGGGCGCCGGGGGGCGCUGCGCGAGCCGGCUGGCUGCGGCUCCUGCCUGGGGGCGGCGCUGGCCCUGCUGCUAGUGCUGCUGCCGGCUGGCUGCCCGGUGCGGGCGCAGAACGACACGGAGCCCAUUGUGCUGGAGGGCAAGUGCCUGGUGGUGUGCGACUCGAGCCCGUCGGCGGACGGCGCGGUCACCUCCUCCCUGGGCAUCUCGGUGCGCUCCGGCAGCGCCAAGGUGGCCUUCUCCGCCACGCGGAGCACCAACCACGAGCCCUCCGAGAUGAGCAAUCGCACCAUGACCAUCUACUUCGACCAGGUAUUAGUAAACAUUGGCAACCAUUUCGAUCUUGCCUCCAGUAUAUUUGUAGCACCGAGAAAAGGGAUUUAUAGCUUCAGCUUCCACGUGGUCAAAGUGUACAACAGACAAACCAUCCAGGUCAGUUUAAUGCAGAACGGCUACCCGGUGAUCUCAGCCUUUGCAGGAGACCAGGACGUUACCAGAGAAGCUGCCAGCAACGGGGUCCUGCUGCUGAUGGAAAGGGAAGACAAAGUGCAUCUCAAACUGGAGAGGGGGAACCUCAUGGGCGGCUGGAAGUACUCCACGUUCUCGGGCUUUUUGGUUUUUCCUCUAUAA